GCCAAGCAACUUUCUCUGGGGUGCAUCGCCCUCGCCAAGCGCAGAAGAGCAGGUGCACAAAGGUGCAUCAAUGGGUUCGUGGUUCUCUCGCUGUCCGCCAGCCAAGGAGAAGAAGCCCGACCGCAUCACCGACUCGGACAGAGCUGUGCUGGACCUCAAAGCACAAAGGGGUCAGCCGACAAACACACACACACACGCACACAAGACCAAGAGAAGACGAGAGCGCAACACAUGGAAGAUCACACAGCCAAAGUUGAGCACUCCUUUGGCUGUGCUGUGUGUGUGUGCUGCAGAUCAGCUGCAGAUCCACAAGCGCAAGCUGCAGUCGACCAUCAGCAGUGACCUGUCGGCGGCCAAGCGGUUCAUCGAAACCAAGAAGAAGAGCCUGGCUCUGCUCGCCCUCAAGAAGAAGAAGCACCACGAGACCCUCAUCGACCAGUGCGACCAGCACCUACUCAAGAUUGCCGAGCUCAUCAGCAAUGUCGAGUACGCGCAGGUGCAGGAGACCCUCGUCAAGGCACUCGAGGUCGGCAACGCCGCUAUGAAGAAGAUGCAGCAGGAGAUCUCUCUCGACUAUGUGGAGCGGCUUGUUGAGGAGAGCGAGGAGGCGAGGGCCUACCAACAGGAGGUCAACGCCAUGCUCUUCAAGGACGGCAUCACCGACCAGGACACCGACGUGCUGGCCGACCUCCGACGCAUUGAGGAGGAAGAGGCCCAGGCUGUCAUCGAGAACGUGCCCUCCCCACCCACGGCCGAGCUGCCGCCUGCUGCGCAGGAGGCGGUUGCUGCUGGUGCCGACGACAAGGCGGAGAGGGCGAGAGUGGAGAAAGAGAGGGCGAGGGAGCCUCAGCUGGUGCCGGCCUGACGUGGUGGGGGGAUGAUGGUUUUUCGGUCGUCGGCGACGGGAUGCCAUGUGUAGGAUAGCUGACCUGCUAUGAAGACGGUUUGCUUGCUGCUUGUACCUUCGACCCUUUUUGCACUGCUGCCAUGAGGACAGUCCUUUGUCGCACUUGUGUGUGCAGACAAUGCUGCUGCUUUGCUUCCAUAGCGGCCUUGUCAGUGCCAUUUCACGUGCAAGUCUGUUGCGUGAUGUGGUCGUGACGAUGCGCCGCGCGAGGCUGAGAGCAGAUGCUCAUUUCACACAAGGUGCACAUGACUACGCGAAUCGACGCGUUGACGUGAAGCGAUUGCUGCACGGCACACUUGCAGUGAGUGAGAAGGAUAGGAUCACUGACUUCAUUUGGCAGUCCACACCAGCUAGCUACCUGGCUGUCCGUCCGUCGACCGUCACUCGUCCGUCCACUCAUUCUACACACCCACGCCAC